AUGGGGCCGGGACGGGGCCGGGCCUGGGGACGGGGACGAGCCGCCGCCACGGAGAGCGAGGAAGAGGCGGCCGCGGAGCAGCCGCUCGGGAGGCUGGAGGUGGCGGAGGAGAGCUCUGGCUCCAGCGACGACAGCGACGACGGCGGGAGCGUGGCGGGGGCUGGCAGGAAAGAUCAAUCUGACAUGUCUUUUGAGGAACUCCUGCGGGUGCAGAGUGAUGCAAGGACAAGAGUGAGCAAGAAAGUGCCUGGUGGGAAGAAAACUGCAAAGCCUACCAAAGCCACACUGAAGCAGCAACAAGGCAAAAAGGGGCCGCUGGAGAUGUCUGCCAAGAGGCCUGUACCUUUCCUGCGGCAAGUCGUCCCUGUGAGGAAGAAGGUCCAGAGAGACCCUCGAUUUGAUGACCUGUCUGGAGAGUAUAAGCCUGAAAUAUUUCUGAAGACGUACAGCUUCCUGGACAGCAUCAAGAAGCAGGAGAAGGAGAUGGUUCAGAAGCAGCUGAAGAAAUGCCGGAACACGGAACAGAAGGAGAAACUUCAGCGGCUCCUGAACCGUAUGACACAGCAGGAACAGGCACAGAAAAAACAGCAGAAGCUGAGAGAGAGGGAGCUGUCUUUGAAAAGACAACAGAGGGAAUUGGCCAAGCAGGGGAAGAAACCCUUCUUCCUAAAGAAAUCUGAGAAGCGGAAAUUGGAACUAGCUGAGAAGUACGGAGAGCUGAAGAGGAGUGGAAAGCUGGAGAGCUUCCUGAGCAAGAAGAGGAAGAGGAAUGCCAUCAAAGACAAGCGCCAUCUGCCCUCACAGAAGAACUUGUGACUGUUGGACAGUCAUGCUGUUGUCUGCACUGGCUCAUCUUGUCUUGGCCAGGCCUGGAGAAUGGUUAUCCCUCUUCCCAGGAUCUGCCUUCCACUGUACAGUGAUGCAGCAGAGCAGGGGCUGGACUGAAGGAAGUAAUGGGUUUUUGUAGCUGAAGUAUCUUCUGUGCUUGUGGUUUAGAUCACGCCUGGGUGGUGACAAGUGUGUCGUGCAGAUGCUGCUGGUGAUGACAGCUGUCUGCCCAGGCACCUGCUCAUUUCUAACUCCAGCAGGGAAAGCCUGGGUCCUGUCCUGCACUGCUGGCUCUACUCCAGGUUCUUCCAGACUUCCACUGAGGCAGAAAAGGAUGUGGGACAAUGCCUGAUCAGAGCAGCAGCCCUGACUUCAGGUUGCUCAGGGCUGCUUUGGUGGGAUCUGGUGAUGUCUAAGGACAGAUGCCUUCACCUCUCUUGGCCUCUGCUCUACUGCUUCAUGUUCUCAGGAUGGAACUUUUUGUUCCCUCAUCCAGGAAAUCUGCCUGGUGUUAGUCCAUAAUCACUGUUUUGUUCUCAGUGAAA